GUCACGAUCUGUUCGUGUCUAGGGCCCCGCGCCCACAGGCCGCGAUGACCUUAAAUUAACAAUAUGAGCCGCAACGACAAGCCGUAUAUACGCCGAUCGUCGCCAUUGGUGCAUUCGCAACGUUGCGACUACAUUGUUGCAGCAGAUAGACGCACUGUAUGCUACCGAGCUUCCUCAGUCAAUAAGAAUGGUAGCAUUAGGACGAGAUCAAAGUCACAUGAUGGCACGCGUAACGCAUUCAGCUCCUGGGAUGCCUUGGAGACCGUACUGAAUGCCUAUAACGAAGACACGCAUCACAGCAGAGUUGACACUACUUGGGAUGAGCCCUCGCCAGCCACGUUGGACUUCAAUUUCGGACCCGAGCGUUGGGAUCCUUAUAGCGAUAUCGAAGAGCCUUCCCAAUUUGCAUUGGACAAGGUUGAACCGCGAAGUAUAUUCGACAUAUUUUCCAGUGACGUUGAACUAGAUACUCCAAGCCCAGAACGUCUGACCACGCAAAGGCAAUCUACCGUCAGUCCUCAUAUGCAAGUCCAUCCCGAUGCCUUCGACAAUGCAAUCAACAACCACCAAAACAUCAAUACAGAUGCCCCAAGCGAGGAAGCAUCAACUAGAACCGUCACACCAGUCAACCAGGCGCAACCGGAAAUAUACAGACGGUCACCUGUACGAAGUUUAUUCGAUCCCAUGCGCGGUGUUAGACGCCGGUCUCUAGGACGCCAGAUAUCGCCAACCACCACUCAACAACCAGUACUUAAAUCUACUGGACUUUUGCGUGAACGCCUUGAAGAACGGUCACGUAAUGCCGCCAUGGGCACAAAAGUACGCAAGACCGAACAUGUGUCAUUUGCUAGUGACCCCGAUACCUCUGCAGCUGAGCUGCUAAGAGGGAUUAUACCAUGUGAGAAGCCUAAAGUACGUCCACCAACGCCAUCACCCCUGGCAAGGCCAGGUAGAUCCUUGAUGGCAUUCAAAAGAGCAUUACACCAACAGGAAAGUUGGAUACCCGAAGAUGGUGGCAGCGUGUCGCUGCCACGCAGGGACCUACCACAGCGCAAUAUACCCACCGAAGAAUCAGAUGACUAUUACCUUAGUGUUGAUACCUCAAGGACUGCCCGCCUACUGUUACACAAGUACUACCGCCCAGAAAGAGAAAGUGAAAUAAGAAGAAUGCGCGAUACGGAUAUAUCAUCAAAGAGAGAAUAUAUCAACGAAAACUAUGCACUUGUCGAUGACUCUAUAGAACCCUUGCUAAAGCGAUUGGAGCAGAAAACUUCAACUUUUGUUAUACCAGAUUAUGAUAGGUUUAUAGCGAAACCAAAUGAACCAUCGAUAUCAAGGCCAAGGUGGAGAGCAAUGUCACCAGAUGAAGGUGAACGCUCUGAUGAUAUACUCUCGGAUAUUGAAAUAUCACGCAUGAUUUCAUCAAACACCAUACCGAACGAACAACUGGCAUUCAGCCGCAGUAUGACACAAAUAUGUGCAGAAGCAGAAGAGCAUAUAGAAUCCGAUGAUGAGGAUAUGAAUAUAGUCAUGAGCAUCGGUAUGGAGCGCAACAAAAUGUACAGCUGGGAAAGGCUUUCAUACGAUAUCAACAAUGAACCUCAGCAUAUCGAGGUAACACCACUGAAACUCCCGCCAUCAGCCAGUAUCCUGGAUCAAAUACCACAAUUUGAUAUGAAGGGCACGCUAUACGAUGAAAAGUACUUCUCCAUGGAUUACGACCUUAUGGGUGAUAUCGGAACGCCUACACGAGUGCUAUCGUCAACACCAGAUAUGCUGUCAUCACUGCCGUCGUAUAUCUCCUUACCAGAGGCCCAAACCACUCCUCCCGUUGAGCCCGUAUUCAAGAUGAGUACCGCUGAAGUUGAUACCCAGCCCGAUAGGAUGGAAACUGCUGUGAGCAUCCAACCAUCAAUGUCACUUGAUAGAGAAAUAACAUCGCAAGAUGGCAUCUACCCAGGACCUACGCCGCAAAAUACAUUACAGCCCUUAGAACCAGUGGAAGAAGUUAUGAUGCCACCAUCUUACACGGAUGCCCUGGAAUCUUCAGUUGCUGAAGAGCCCACCCAGCUAGAAAGGGAACCAACAGCAGAUUUGGCACAUGCCCGAACGACAGGUAACCUGGCCUAUGGAAGAACAUCAUCAUGUCUUUGGACUACAUACGCCAGUGGUGAGGACAAUCAGGAUACUGUGGAGACUUUACCAAGCCAGCAUAUGAUAGAAGAAAAACAACCCACAACUGAAAUAGAACCUGAAGAAGAAAUUCCAACUGUAGAGGAUCUCGAACCUGAUAUUGACAUACCAAUGGAAGAAGAACCACCUAUUGUGGAGGAUCCGGAACCGGAGCCAGUGGAAGAUACCGGUGAUAUAAUACCACAAGAAGUUGAACAAGAUAAAACAGAAAAGAAAAAGAAAAGAAAGAAGAAAAAGAAGAAGAAACCGACAGCAGCAGAUAUAGAGUCAAGACCUAGGCCUUUAAGGUAUCUAGUGGACAAGCAACUAAAAGAAGGCUUUAAAGCCACAGUUUUUAUUGUUACAUCAAAGAAGAAUGCUACGUCAUCGCUAUGUACCAUCAAAUUCGAUUAUGAAGAAGAUCGACUGAUUCUGGAAACACCAUCUAACGUAUUCGAUAUCGAUGCGUCAAAGGUAGUGGCCGAAGAACUGCCAACGGCGACCAGAUCACCGGGUUUACUGAAACUUAAUAUACAGGGCAAGAAGUCGUCCGCUGUCGUCAUACAAUGUGCACAGGAACGUAACUUGAACGUAUUAGGUGGAACCAUUGGAUGGGCCAAUGCAAUGCUAGAAGCAGCGAAUAUAAAUACGCAAAAGAAAGACAACAAAAAAGAAGAUAAAACAACAGCGCGCUUAGAUGGGUCAUCACAACAUUCACAAGCGUCAGCAGAUGCUACAACUGUGACACCCGAAGAACACAACGUAACGCCACCAAUGGUACCCGGAGAUACUACGCCGCAGAAACGAAGCCUGCUACAAAGAGUGCUUUUAAGACGAAGAAUGAACAAGGAGAACAUUAACGAGUGAUACGACCAUAUAAAGUCAACUACACGGGGCCGAUAUAUGGAUACACCCAAGUCUAAUGAUCAUAUAUCACAAUGAAAAAAAUAACACCAAACAGGACGGCAAGAGCUAUAGAACACCCAUAGCCCAAUCGACACAUACGCGCCCUGUAUAUUAAAAAACUACUCACCGCCGCAGAUAUAAAGUAUGGCACACAUUCAAUAAUGUUAAUACAUCAUU